UUCAAAUAAAGAUAUAUAAUCAAGAUACAUAAAUUUAAUAGAUUUAAUAAACUUGAUAAAUUUAUUAUAUCAAAUUUCUUUUCCCGUUUUUAAAUGACUUGUAUCAACUACACUGAUUUUUCCUUAAAAGUUCAAAUACGAUUUAUCACUAAAUAUCAUUCGAUAUUUCGUCAAUAUAAGAAUAAUAAAAAUUAAAAAGUAACAUUUAUAAGAGAAAAUUCAAAUUAAUAUAGUGCAAUGACCUUACGAGUUCAAUCACAUCCACGAGUCUCUUUUUUAAUUCCACGCGAGAAGAACAAACCAUGUCUAAAACCCAUGUAUAGAAAACCCAUAUUUAACGUAACUCUUUACGUUUGUACGUCCGAAUAGAAUUAUAUGUUGCAUCGUCACGAUAUCGUAACUUUGAAACAAAUGUCAAAUUAUUCAUUCUUUAGCUCGAUUAUUCAUUUGACCGCUGAUGUUUUUGCGACCGAAAUUGGCACGUACCGCGGAAAACUCUUUCCUUCGCGAAAGUUUAUUUCGAGACUAAUCAUAAGGUACGCGCUUUGUCCGUGUAUCUCCUCGCUCGAAUCGCGCAGGUGCAAAUCCUAUAGACUUUUCGCAAAUAUAGAUAUCCUAUAUAGAUGCCCGCGAGUUUUAUCGGCGAGCGAUCUUCCAGCGAAAAGAAAGACGCGCCGCCGUCUUGUCGCGAUCCGAUUUCGUUUCGACGUUGCUUCGAAAUUCAAUCUGCAAUCAGAAUGGUAUCGGACAAAUCGUUCACGAGUGUCAUCCGGGCGAAUGUCGCGUUGCUAAAAUUAUCCGGCGUGGUAUCGUACAAGAAUGGAAAUAUCCGGCAAACAAAAUCACAAAACGUUCUCAGCGCGAUUGCUUACGGUUGUCUGUUCGCGUACGCAAUCUUAUACACGUACGAAUUCGCGUUGCAUACCGUCUACCUCGAUACUUGGAUGGAGUCAUUCACGAUGAUACUCUCUCUCGUGGGUGGACAGGCGCGAUUCACACUCGUUCUUCUAUUCCGUAGCAGGUUUCAGCGAUUGCUAAUGAUUUGUGAGCAACUCUGGACGGCAUUAAACGCGACCGAGAAAAGAUGCGUGCGCGAUUACGUGAAAGCAACGGGACGUCUGACUUAUUAUUAUCUGUUUGGAUGCGCCUUCACGAUUUUCUUUUAUGCCGUCGCGAGUCUUUUUAUACACAACGAUUCGUUGAACGCGACAACGAGAACCUUGCCGUACGCCUGUCCGAUCCAGGUUCAUCGGUCACCCUAUUACGAAAUAAUGUACAUUCUGCAAUUGAGUAGCAUGACCAACGUUGGUCUCACCUGCGUCGCUGCAGAUACCCUCGGACCGGUGCUCAUCUUGACGAUUUGCGGCCAUUUCAAGGUCCUCAAUUCGCGACUCUUGUGCCUUAGCAAUCGCGAUCGAGUAUAUUCGGAAAUCUCGUAUUCAACGUCUCCGGAAUCCCUCGAGAUAACCCACGAUAUAUCGAGAAAUUGUGUGAAAUCUGAUCUUGAAGCCUGUGCACAUUAUCACCAAACGGUACUCGAAUUUUGCAAUGAAGUUGAGAAACUUACCAAUGGCAUCUUUUUAACGCAGCUUCUCGGUAGUACGUACAACAUUUCCCUUGUAGGAUUUAAAUUAGCGGGGGAUGAUCCCGAUAAAUUUAAAUAUACAUCUCAAUUGUCAAUUGCAAUAAUUCAAUUGUUUUUAUGUAACUGGCCAGCGGACGUUCUUCUUACCGAGAGCCAAGACGUAGCGAAAGCGACGUACUUUACCUCGUGGUAUCGCUUUCCGUACCAGCUAAAAAGAUCUCUAAAUAUUAUCAUGAUGAGAGCUCAGAAACCAGCGCAGUUGACUGCUGGAUAUAUCGUACCGUUGUCCUUGCCAACCUUUGCAUCUAUGGUAUCAUCCGCAGCAUCCUUCUUCACCAUGAUACGCAGUAUGAAUUGA